AUGGCAGACCUCGUUCAUAAAAAAAAGGAAGACUUCACCAAAGGCGAUUGGAUCAGAUUCCUCAAGAUCGUCGAAGGACUUGGUGGGUCUGCUAGUCUUCGGAAGUCUAUUGACUCCGGGCCGAAGAGACCGCCUUUCCGGGAUCCUCACGACUUCCCAAAUUUUACUGGAGCAAACCUGAAUUCAGGGAGUGCAAUCAUCGUGGCGUUCGUAAAUAUAAACACCGCGGAUGGCCACACAGGCACCGGGUGGGCUUUUGGCUUUGGGGCUGGUUUAGAGGUGACUGGAGGCGUGCUUGGAUACUCAUCUUGGGACCAGUUAAUGUCCGGGCCUAACGCUUUUGUCGUCGGCAGCGUCGAGGCGGGCGUCGGCGCCAGUUUUUUUAUCGACGGCACACUUGUUGCGACCUACUUGGGCUCUGGUGUUGAGCUUGAUGUGAGCCUUAACGGUGGCUCGUUUACUUGGACUUAA